UCACUUUUCCCCAACCCCACCACGCACCCCCCCUCCCCCAACUCUCCAUCCUCUCCCUCCUACACGCACCCUUUUUAUGUAACCUUUCCGACGCUUCUCGACGCUUCUCUCCCCUCUCCGACGUGGUUCAUCGAUCGAUCGAUCUCGUGAAGAUAAAGAUAUGAAGAUACAGUGCGACGUGUGCGCGCGGGCGGAGGCGGCGGUGCUGUGCUGCGCGGACGAGGCGGCGCUGUGCUGGGGCUGCGACGACGCCGUCCACGCCGCCAACAAGCUCGCCGGCAAGCACCACCGCGUCCCCCUCCUCCCCCCGACCACCCCGCCCUCCGCCCCCACCAACCCCACCUGCGAUAUUUGCCAGGAGAAGGCGGGUUAUUUCUUCUGCUUGGAGGACCGCGCUCUACUCUGUAGAAACUGCGAUGUGUCGGUCCACACUGCCAGCCCUUAUGUAUCGUCUCAUCAACGCUUCCUCAUCACCGGUGUGAGAGUUGCCCUCCAACACUAUCUCACCAAUGCUAAUAACAAUAGCAGCAGUAGUAACACUAACAACAGCUCCAGCAGCAACUGCGACAAACCUUUGAGCUCUCAGCCAAGAAGCACUUCUGAGACUGCCAAGAAGCUGCGCGGAGAUCCAACGGCUAGUUUUGGUAGAGAGGAGGUGGAGGCCUUUAGGUCACAGUGGCCAUGGAAUGAGAUACUCGAGAAUGUGGACUUUGAUCAGUACUAUGGUCUCUCAGAACCUGGCUCCUCCAGUUGAAAAGUUGCCGAAGAGGCAGCUGGGUCUCCUGUUUCUCCUUUAUACAGAGCGAAAGGAAAUAAGAAACAAGGAAGAAAUCAAGAAGUGAUCGCACCAAGUUGUCUGUCGGUAAUUGUUGUUACAUCUUUUUUUCUUUUUCUUUUUUCUUUUUUUCCCCAAAGAAUUCUCUGCUAAUUUAUCGGUGGAUAUGUCAUUGUUUCAGUCAUUCAUGUAUGUGUUUCUUAUGGCGUAUGUCAUGUCACUUUGUUGUUGUUUUCCAUAGGAUGAACUGUACGUGGUUGCUCGAAAAUUUGUGGAUGACCAUACUAAUCUGAUAUACCUUCAUAUAGAUUAACUUUUAAGCUCA